UACAUACAUAUACACACUGUGCAAGGUGUGCAAACAUACAUAACUGCAAUAUGUAAUAUGUACACACCAGAUAUGUAUGUGGGAUAUAAAGUAUAGUAUAGGUACAAUAAUUUUGAUGUUGUAGCUGGUCAACUAGGAGCUCAUUUCAGAUGUUGUUCACUUCCUGUAGAUCUAAUGUAACAAAGCAUCAUAUUUUUUCAUAUGAAAACUCUCUGAUUGUACACGGUAGAUGCGAGCUGCGGCUGUGAAAAAAAACAGUAAACGUCUCAUGUUUCCUGCCCGUCGUUUCUGAACGGGCUCGUGUCUCUCCAGGCGGAUUUUCCCCUGAACGCAGCACAUUGUGAUCUUCAGUCUCAGAUCCAGCCUUUUGAACUCCGCUCCGUGUUUUCCCAUCAUCCCCCAUUGCUGUGGACGGCCGCUGUGUGUGUGUGUGUGUGUGUGUGUGUGUGUGUGUGUGGGGAGCGGAGUGUGUUCAGUGUGCAGGCGGAGCAGCACAGGAGGGAACGGGAGCGUGGCUGCCGAGCCUUGUGUCGGUGUCCGGGAGCUUCUGAGGAGGGGAGGGCAGGCCCGGGUCCUGGCCUCGAAACCCACCAACAUUUGAAUCACAAUUGAGGCCGUUUUGAGGGGAGAGAGGCUCUGCUGGCUGCGCUGCGCUGCGGGGGAUGUGCGCACACAAUGGGACACGACGCACUGGCACCGUCCGGGACGCGGCGGUAGAAUAAGGUUUUCUCUUAAGGUCUCUCGGUUUGUGUGGAAUGGAGACGCGGAUACCGGAGCUGUCAGCGGGGCGCGCCGCGGAGGACUCCGGGUGCUAAGGACUUCCUCUGGCCGGACAGAAAAGUGAUUUCUCCCGCACGGAGCGCUGCUGUGAGCCCGAGGAGAGGACGCGCCUCCUCUGCCUGUUUGUUACCAGUUUAAAUUCCGCUGGGAUGAACGCGGAAUGUGUUUCCUGCGUCAAAGUCCGCGCUGUUUGCACAUCUGGAGGAGCCGAAAGUCGGUCGUUACCCCGUAGCGAUUUUAUUUCUGAUGCAGUUGAACCCGUUUGAACGCUUCAAGUGAAUUUAGCUCAUUCAGAUGAGUGGGUGUGCUGAGGUUAGUUUGUAGAAACUGCAACAGAAAGCCUCAUUUUAAUUUGGUAAGAAUAUUGUGAGACACACAAGACGACUGAAGGGCUACAAUAAAGCAACAGAGCUGAAGAGGGACAUCAGGAUUCUGUCCAUCAGGGAUGUACCUUCUGGACGCCCACUGCACUGACAGGAUGGAGAGGAGCACGCCUCAGAGGAAGACGGUCUACAGGAUCUCCCUCACCUUGGUGAAGAGGGAGAGUUUGGACGAGGAGGAUGGGGGGUCAGGCCCCCGGCGGGCGGAGAACCCCAAGGUGGGCAUGUUUCGACGUGAGGGCUCGGUGGAGGUCCAGCGUGGCGGCCUGCUGGAGCAGCUGAAGGAGGUGGAGGACGAGUCGGACGAGUUGUCCUCCUCUCACGGCUUCAUGAGGAACUUCAGGACGUUCAGCACGGGGCAGCUGGAGCUCGGGAGGCUGAAAGUCUCCAGGAAACAGUUCUUACAGAAAGAGCUGAAGGAAAAGGUCACGAGUCCGGUGGCAGAGCGCGGCAGAGAGGCCGUGACAGCGGCGAGUCAGGAGGACGCUCAGGGCGAGAGCAGAGAGCAGGAAACGCGGGAUUCAGAUGGACUUAAAGAGGAUAUUUGUACAGGAAGUCCACAGACAGACGCUGCUGUGGAGAACGGCAGCAUUAAUAAGAAGACGAGGCUCCUGAAAGCUAAGAGCAUGGAGGAGACGAGCCCUGAUCCUCCUCUCAACGCUGAUGGCCAAAUGUCUCACUCAAAAAGCAACGGCAAAGCGGCCAAAGCUUCCUCCCCUGAGACUCCUCCUCUGAAGCGUCCUCCUGGCCUCCUGCGUCGCAGCUUCAGCUUCAGACACUGGAGCGGCGGCGAGCUGCUGCGUCUGCGUGCGCUCUCUAAAGACAAACACCACAGCAGCUCCGGCUGCAUUGGCCGUGAUGCUGCGCCGGACGGCGGCGAGAAGGAUGCAGAUGCACCGCUUGUGCUCCCAGCUUCCCGCCUCACCGACCCCAGCAGACAGAAGAGCAGAACUCUGGAGGUCGGAGCCGUCCUGAACAAGACGGACUCCAUGUCUGAGCUGAGCCGCUGGGAGAGAGCGCAGGGCAACAAGAACCGGACUCUGGACAACAGCGACCUGCUGCGGCUGGCGGCGGAGAAGGACGGCUCAGGAGGGGGCUUCUUGCUGAGGGGAGGAGGCGGUCGCUCCAGUGAGCGCCGUCUCGUUCGCUUCUUCAGCGGGAUCUUCUCCAGAGGCACGUCCACCUCCACCCCGGUGGGAAGCCCCAGCGCCGACAGGUCCCUCCAGAGGAGCAAGAGGAGGGUGCUGUCCCAGUCCAGCACCGAGAGCAUGAACGGAGGAAGCACUGAAGAUGCGUUUGUGAACAGUCAGGAGUGGACGCUGAGUCGAACGGUACCAGAGCUCAAAGUGGGCAUUGUGGGUAACCUGGCCAGUGGUAAGUCGGCGCUGGUCCACAGGUACCUGACAGGAACGUAUGUCCAGGAGGAGUCACCUGAAGCUGACGUGGAUGCAGGCGGCCGCUUCAAGAAGGAGAUUGUGGUGGACGGUCAGAGUCACCUGCUGCUCAUCAGAGACGAAGGAGGCCCCCCAGAGGCUCAGUUUGCGUUGUGGGUCGACGCUGUGAUCUUCGUCUUCAGUCUGGAGGAUGAGAUCAGCUUCAAGACGGUUUAUCACUACUUCAGCCGCCUCGCCAACUACAGGAACACCGCCGACCUGCCGCUGGUCCUGGUCGGCACGCAAGAUGCCAUCAGCUCGGCCAACCCGAGAGUGAUCGACGACAGCCAAGCCAGGAAACUGUCCAACGACCUCAAGCGCUGCACCUACUACGAAACCUGCGCCACCUACGGCCUCAACGUGGAGCGAGUCUUCCAGGACGUCGCUCAGAAGAUCGUGGCCACCAGGAAGAAGCAGCAGCUGUCCAUCGGGCCGUGCAAGUCCCUCCCGAACUCACCGAGUCACUCAUCUGUCUGCGCCACACAAGUGUCAGCUGUCCACGUCAGCCAGACGAGUAACGGCGGCGGCAGUCUGAGCGACUACUCGUCGUCGGUGCCGUCCACGCCGAGCACCAGCCAGAAGGAGCUCCGCAUCGACGUGCCGCAGACCACCAACACGCCAACGCCUGUCCGAAAGCAGUCCAAACGCCGCUCCAACCUCUUCACCUCGAGGAAGGCGAGCGAGACGGACAAGGACAAGAAAGGCCUGGAGGCUCGAGCCGACAGCAUCGGCAGCGGGCGAGCCAUCCCCAUCAAACAGGGCAUGUUGCUGAAGAGAAGCGGAAAAUCCCUCAACAAGGAGUGGAAGAAGAAGUACGUGACGCUGUGUGACAACGGCCUGCUCACCUACCACCCCAGCCUGCAUGACUACAUGCAGAACGUUCACGGGAAGGAGAUCGACCUGCUGAGGACCACGGUGAAGGUGCCGGGGAAGAGGCCGCCUCGGGCUGUGUCCACCUGUGCCGCCGUGCCGAGCCCCAACGCCAACGGCCUGACCAAGGACAUGAGCAGCCUGCAGCUCGGACAGACUCCAGGUUCGGUGACCAGCAGCUCGUCCCAGUCUCAGAUGGCGAGCGGCGUCAGCUUGGUGUCUUUCAACAGCCGCGGUCUGGAGGGGAUGCACCAGCGCUCCUACUCUGUCUCCAGCGCCGACCAGUGGACCGACGCCACCGUCAUCGCCAACUCUGGAGUGAGCACAGAUACGGGCCUGGGAGACUCGGUCUGCUCCAGUCCCAGCAUCUCCAGCACCACCAGUCCCAAGAUGGAGCCUCCGCCGUCGCCGCACGCCAACCGCAAGAAGCACCGGAGGAAGAAGAGCACCAGCAACUUCAAAGCCGACGGCCUCUCUGGUACUGCGGAAGCCAAACGUAAAGCGUGGAAGCUUAAUCGUGUCGGUAGCCUUCGCAGCAUUUACACCAACAGUCUGCACAACUCAGAAGAACAAGAGGAGAACUUUGAGUUCACCAUCGUGUCGCUGACGGGGCAGACGUGGCACUUCGAGGCCACUUCGUACGAGGAGCGAGACGCCUGGGUCCAGGUGAUCGAGAGCCAGAUCCUGGCCAGCCUGCAGUCCUGUGAGAGCAGCAAGAACAAGUCUCGUCUGCCCAGCCAGACGGAGGCCAUGGCCCUGCAGACCAUCAGAAGCAUUCGAGGAAACGGCCGCUGUGCCGACUGUGAAGCUCAGAACCCGGACUGGGCGAGCCUGAACCUCGGGGCCCUGAUCUGCAUCGAGUGCUCGGGCAUCCACAGGAACCUGGGCACCCACCUGUCCAGGGUUCGGUCUCUGGACCUGGACGAGUGGCCGCUGGAGCUCCUCAAGGUCAUGACGGCCAUCGGCAACGAGCUCGCCAACAGCGUGUGGGAGGCCACCACCCAGGGACGCCUCAAACCAGGACCGGACGCCAGCAGGGAGGAGAGGGAGCGCUGGAUCCGGGCCAAGUACGAGCAGCGCCUGUUCCUGGCCUCGCUGCCCGGCACCGACCUGUCGCUGGGCCAGCAGCUGCUGAGGGCGACGGCCGAGGAGGACCUUCGCUCCGUCGUCCUGCUGCUCGCGCACGGAGGGCGACAGCAGGUCAACGAGACCUGCGGCGAAGGAGACGGACGCAACGCGCUGCACCUGGCCAGCCGCAAGGGCAACGUGGUCAUCACGCAGCUCCUCAUCUGGUACGGCGUGGACCUGAUGGCGAGGGACGUCCAUGGCAACAGUGCGAUGGCGUACGCUCGGCAGGCCAACAGUCAGGAGUGCGUCGACACGCUGGCUCAGUACGGCUGCCCCGACGAGCGCUACCCGCUCAUGGCCACGCCCAACCUGUCGCGCCGCAACACCAACCGCAACAACAGCUGCAGCAGCACCGGCAGCGCCGCGCUCAUAUGACGGCUCUGUGACAGACUAAACAAAACCCGAUCUGGGAGAAUCCUGACCGUUUAUUUUGGGAACCACUACCUGUUGUGACUCUAAGCCCCGCCCACCUCACCUGACAACCACCACAGACUGAAUACAGCUGAUCCCGGAUCAGUGGUGACGCCGCGUCCACGUGUCUAUUUGGGAGAACCCUCAACAGGAAGAAAAGAGCAUUUUGGGAAAUAGUCACAUGACUUCUGGCAUCCAAUGAAGGCCAGUCUGAAGCUGCGGGGACAUCAUACCUCAUCACACACACCUACGAUCCAACACUACUCAGUUUCCCCUCCGACUUGGGACUCAGAAACACUUUGAACGACUCGCCCACAGCCAAACGACAGCCAAUCAGGAUCUUCAGAAGCCUGACUCGCCGGAACAUAUCGCCCAGAUGCCACAAAGACGACCACGAGACAAAGAUAUCACGAAGGAGACGAGAGGGGGAGUCUUCGUAGCACGUCCACACGCACCUCAUCAUCACCACCUUCAUCACCA